AGACGUUGAUCGUGCAACUAGCAUGUAAUAAAAAAAAGACGCAGAGGCGUAUUCUUUCUUGGAUACUCUGCUCAUCAGCUGUCCAGCUCAGCUAUAUAAUCAGUAUACACCAACUUUUCUCUAUUGCCUCAAUAAUCUCAUCCUCAGCAACCAACCCCACGGAGAGAAAGUUUGUUACCAAAAUUUAAUUAAUUUAUUAAAGAUGAAACCUAACUCUUCAAUCCUUAUCAAGCUUUUCAUCUUACAAUACCUUUCAGUUCUUUGCCUUUCUCAAGAUUUUGAUUUCUUCUACUUUGUCCUACAGUGGCCAGGAUCAUACUGUGACACCAGGCAUAGUUGCUGCUAUCCAAAAACUGGGAAACCUGUUGCUGAUUUUGGCAUUCAUGGGCUGUGGCCGAAUUACAAUAAUGGAGGCUACCCAUCAAACUGUAAUCCUGACAGCGUUUUUGAUAAAUCUCAGAUCUCAGACUUGAUGAGCAGUUUACAAAAGAAUUGGCCAACACUGGCCUGCCCCAGCGGGGAUGGCAACAAGUUUUGGUCUCAUGAAUGGGAGAAGCACGGGACCUGCUCCGAGUCUGAACUGGACCAGCACGAUUACUUCGAAGCAUCAUUGAAGCUCAAGGAAAAAGCAAACCUUCUCCAGGUUCUGAAGAAUGCUGGAAUUAAACCAGACGAUGAAUUUUAUGAAUUGGAUAGCAUUGAAGAAGCUAUAAAAGACGCUAUUGGUUAUACCCCAGGGAUAGAGUGCAAUGUCGAUGGAUCCAGAAACAGCCAGCUCUACCAGAUUUACUUGUGUGUCGAUACCUCAGCUUCAGAAUUCAUCGAAUGCCCAGUGCUUCCCAAGGGAAGAUGCGCGUCUCGCGUUCAGUUUCCUAAGUUUUAAUUUCUCCUAAAAAGUGGGUGCAAGCAACUAAUAAAUUAAAUGUAAAAGAAGGACUUUAAACUAAUUAAUCUUAAUUAAUUAAUU